UGUAACUAUGUUCUCUGUUUACUGUUUUCAAUCACAAUUAUUUUUAUCUCUGAUAUUUUACUGUCAUCAUUUUUUUCUAAUGUUGGUGUCGACAAUUUGUUUAUUUAUGAUAUAUCUUUGUGUCUAGUAUUAUAUAAAUUAUUUUUAUUAACCUAAACACUUGGUUGACCUACCCUGGUCUUAAAUAGUGUUGAUCUCAAAAUGAUGGAUCCAGAGUCUCCAGUUGAAUCUGAUGGUCAUCAACACCACCCACCCUCAAUGCUAGAUGAUGGAUUACUGAUUGAAUUUGUUCGUAAUGUGAGGAAAACCUGGGCUGAAAAGUUGGAAUCCAUGGUUGAAGAUUAUUUGGUUCAAUUUGAAACGAACAGUAAUUCACAAAUUAUAUUUAUUAUCAAUUUUCUUUUGGCUGCAUGGUUUUCUGAGAUUGAAGAGACCGAUGACUUAAGACGGAACCGAAUUAAUUAUGUUUUCAAUCAACUUUUACUUCGGAUUGAUUCAAAAACCGCUAAUAGUGACUUUUCUAAUCGUUGGCUAAUUUACAAGCUCAUGGAAAAUUUAAAUAUCAAGGUGGAUCAAAGUAAAUGGUCGGUUGUGAAUUUACAAAUAACUCUUAGGCAAGAGGAAAUUGGCCGAGAGUUGUUGCAGUUUAUUGAGCCAGCUUCAACAAUAGAUGUCGACCAAUUAAUUUCUAUAAUUAAAAGCAUUAUCAAAGCUAACCCUUGGUUUGGUGAACUGGUUGUUGAAAAUUUAAAGACAUAUCCAUUUCUUAAGGUGCGUUCAAUUACAGAUCCAGAUAUCAGCCGUAAAGACUACAAUUUGGGUCUCGCAAUUUGUCAAUGUCUGGAAGAAGCUAUUGAGCGAUCUGACUAUGCUUCAGUCUAUAAAUUAAUUAAUAUAGUACCUGAUGAUGAGAUAAAUUCAAAUGAAAUAUUAACUAGCUUAAGAAAACUUAUACAAGCAAUUUUAACUAGUGACUAUGAAAUACUCGACUUGGAUCAAUUCUAUUCGGCAAUUGUUGGUCGAUCAACUGACAAAUUGGCUAAAUUAGUUUCUCAGAUGGAUUGGAAACUAAGAGCUCAAGGUGACCCUUACAUGUAUCACGAUGGGCGAAUUAAUUCAUCAAUGGUUGAUGAUAAUCUAAACAAAUCUUCCUCUUCCUCAUCAUCAAUUAUCGUCUUGAAAGAAAGGUCUAUUGAUAAUGAGGUGUCUCCUAUUCUUAACAAAAAAUUGUCCAGAGCUAGUAAUGCUAGCGAUGCAACUUUGAGAAGUAUCAAUGAUUUACCUGACGGAAAGCUGUUUAAUAUUAUUCUAGACCAUGAAACUAAAGAAUGGAACGUUGACAACUGUUUUUUAUUAGCAACAAUCGAGAAAAAACAUUUCCUUCUCGAACUUCUUUCAGCUCCUUUUUCUCAUUUCCAUGUGAUUCCAGACGAGCUCAAAUUAAUAUUUCUACUUGAGAUUAUUUACAAUUCUCCCAAUCCUCAUCAUUUUAAUCAAUCUCAUUUCAGUGCGAAGUCAUCUUUUUCGUCAACUGUACAUUUUUCGGAAAGUUUUCAUGACUCAUCAGAAGCCAACAAGUCUUUCAACGAGCUUCGAGAAUUGAUAAACUCAUUUUGGUUUAAUAGCUUACUCGAAUCAAAGCCAAUUUUAUCCUACGUAAAAGCUAAACUUCAAUGGAUCUUCAAGUGUAUUGAUUUGUGCCUCAAAAUAGAUCCAAAUCUCAAAUAUUGGGAUAAUCUCGGUGUUAUUUUCAAAAUGCUAUCUCAAGGAGCUUCACCAUUAACAGUUUUCAAUAAAUUUGGUAUUCUCAAUGCAGCUUUAGAAUCAGAAUCCGGUAACAAUGAUGUUAACAAAGAGGCUCUCGAUUUACUAACUGAAAGUGGCCAGUCUGAAUUAAUGAUUUGGUAUGGAUAUCUUGCCGUUAAAUUAGCAGUAAUGUGGAUUUUCAACAAUAAUUCAACAGAAGAAGAAAUUAUUGACCUACCAAACCAAAUAUCAAGUCUAAUCAACAAAAUAUUACCUUUAUCUUUCCGAUUAGAAGUUCUUGAAAAUUUGUAUUCUCUUCUAUUUCUCACAUCAAGAGAUGUUAUUGAACCAUAUCUCCCUGGAAGCAGCGAAGAAAUUUACACAGAUGAAAAUGGUUCUCAACAACAAGAAACGUCUGAUGAUAUAAUUGAAAUUUCAUCUGUCAAAACAACGCCAGCCACAGCUAGUGAUUCAAUCUAUUCAAAUAGUUCACUCAAUGCGAGCUCAAUACUUCCAGCACUUUCAGAUUCAUCCUCAUCAACCUUCAUGUUUCCCAAUAGUUUGAUACCUGCAUAUUUAAUACUCCUUAAGGACUGUGUUCUCAAAGCGCAAGCAAGCCUGUUCGCUUUUAAACGUCGCCUUAACGAUUCUAAAACUGAAACCUCUGAGAAAGGAUUUAACGAUGUCUUUGUUGAAUCAGCAAUUGUUGGUUAUGAUGAAUGUAAAAGUCGACUUCGAUCUCUUAUGGACUAUAUUAAUGACUCACAAUGGAGGUAUUCAGUUAUUGAACCAGCCAUUGUUGAGCAACGUGUUUCAGCCGUGGCAGUUAAUAGUGCUAUCGUAGCCGAUAACCAUGAUGAUCUAUCACCUUCCAUAAGUAGAGGGGAAACAGAAGAUGCAGCUGAGAAAUCAAUUUUAGAAUCUGAUGAAAUUCCUGAUGAGCUACCUAAAGAAGAAAGCAAGAAGGAUGAAUUUUUCUCUUCACUAAUUCCUUGUAUGUUGGCAUCUCCUGAUCAAUUGCUUCGUUACUGUUUAAUUGAGAAUCAAAUUGAGCGAGCUAAGCAAGUUUACAAAUUAUUUGCUGACUCUUUGGCUGACACUGAAGAAGCAUUUGAACUGCUGAUAACAGAAAAAACGUUAGAAUUGACACAAAAGUGUCGAGGUUUCUUUACGACUUCAAAGACCCCAGUUUCACCUAAAUCACCUAAUUCAGCACAAUCACCUCGAUCUUCAAAAAUUACACAAAUUCAAAAAAUUUUACACGAUUUCUUGACCAAAAUGGAUGAACAAACACACGGAGAUGUUGAUACCAAUCGUUUAUUGAUCGACUAUUCAAUUUGCUCAGCUUCAUGUCUCGAGUUUUCUGAGAUCAUAUUGGAAAGUUGUUUUCAGUCCAAAAAUCUUGACUCGAAAAAUGAAUAUGAAGAAAUUAUGUAUGAAUUCAUCAAUCGAGUUACUUCACUAUUAUUACUUUUCAAAGACUCGGAAACAUUAAGAACAACCAGUUUAGCAACAUUGUUUUCUCUAUAUUCUGAUUCGAGUCUUUUUACCAAUCCUAAAAUAUUAAUUGCUGAGAAGGGUAGAAUCAGUGCAAUCAAGCGUUAUCUUAAUGAUCUUCGUUCACUUUUGAUUGCUGACCCAGUUGAUCCAACAACGUUAUCAUCACCUGUUUCUCCUGAUUCUCGACCUUUGACCAUUCAAUACCAAAAACUUAUCUCCUGUUUUCCCAGUGGUAAAUUCAAUUAUCUCAAAGCUUUGUUCUAUCAUGUUCGAAAAGUGUCUGAAGCAUUGAGUGAAGCACAAAAACGAAGUGAAAAUUUCGCUCGAGCUCUUGUCAGUGCUGAUUCAAUCUCAAUGAGUACACUGUCAAAACAUGGAACUUAUUUCUCAGUUUUAUAUAAAAGUCCAUCAGCUAUUCUCUGCUCUCUUGUCAUUAAAUAUGGAAUUUCGCCUAAAGUAGUGGACGAUCUAGCUACAGAUAUGAAAGUAGAUCUUCUUGGAACUCUUUGCUCAGUUACUUGCCCACAAAUUCCCACAACAUCUAAACACGAUGACAGCUCAUGUGAUUUCACUUUGAUCGACAGUUUCCACCCUGCCCUUUGCGAGCUUAUUCAAUGUUAUUUGACUGGAUCUCAUUCAAUGGAGAACUCAGUUCUCAUCCAGAAUCAUUUUGACGAUGAAAGAACGUCUCAAGAUGAAAGUGAAAAAUCGAUCAUCAAAAAUCAAGAGUUGAUAAACUAUUUCAGGACUAAGAGUUGGGUUUUAGUUAGUUUACUCAAGCUUCUUGGGCUUAUUAGUGUUGAUGAAGAUACCAAGGAUAAAGAGGGUUCAGUUGGAUCAGACAUGAUCUUGAAUCCACAAUCACCUUUACAGAAAUGGUUAUCUCUGGUUAAAACAACGAUUGGUACAAAUUCACGAGAAGAUCCUAUUUCGUUAACAGCUUUAGCUCUUCAUCCUCGAAUCCCGGUUCAUAACUCUACCGUUAUGAGAGCUUUGGAAAGAUGCGCAAUUAAUCAUGAUUACAUCCAAAUUCACCGAAUGCUCCAGCUUCUUGAUCUUAAAAAUGCCAAUUCGUCACUGGAAGCUCUUUCAACGGCUUUACUUUUAAAGCUGACUAAAGAAACAAAUGAAGUCAAAUAUGCUCUCCAGAUGAGCUGCGCUCGAACUAUGAGAGAUCUUGUUGUUGAGCUUAUCUUCAAUACAUCAUCUUAUUCGGAUACAAGUAAUGCUGAACGUGCUCUUAAAUCAGCUAUCUCGCGAGCUGAAAAGAAUCCAAUUCAAUCAGAAUCAUCUCCAGUUCUAGACAGCUUGCGAUCGGCUUUAAAAACCAUAAAUAUCUACGCCAAAAUUGCCACUUUAUCUGGUCUCAAAUCAUGGAAAGAUGCCUAUGACAAUCUAUCUGAAGUUGACAUUUUAACUAUCUUAAAAUCUAAAAAAUGUUACUCACUGACAGCAGCUUGGGAUGAAACGAUGAAAAAGAAUAAACAAGUGUCAGCAUUUAAUCGAAUAUUUUCUGCCACAAAUUUACAGAUGGAUGCUGAGCUUGAUCUUGAAGUUGAAAGAUUACGGUAUGAGUUAUUGUUGUUGGCUUUUUGUGAAAAAUCAUCUCAAAAAUCUAGUACAAACCUUGAUACAUCAACAUCAUCUUCAUCUUCAUUAUCAGAUCUUAAGAUCCUUAUUUCAGCAAUCCGGGAAGUUCAUCUUGAUCCUUGCCUGUUGAUUGAAAAAAUAUUACCAGCAGUUGAUGAUUGGGACGCUAAAGAAAUUCUAGUCAAAUAUUUGCUUCAAGACCCAUCAAUUCAAUCACAAGCAGACAAAAUCGAUCAUUAUAAUGACUAUUUUCUGGGAAUAAAAAUUAUUAAAACGCUCAGACCUGAAGCAAGAAUCUAUUAUGAACAAUUAACUGUCAAACCUCUCCUAGUUGUGGAACAAAUGCUGAUGAAUCUAGAAUAUGAAUCGCUAGAGAAAGUGAUUAGAGCUCAAAGAUUAAUCAAGUGUGAUCAUCUAAUUGAAAUUUAUGCUCGUAAAGCAGUGGACGUUGAAAUAGUAGACAAUGAUUCUAUGACUGGAUCAGAAACUACACUUAUUUCAUCAUCAAUCCUAACGGAACCCUUUGGACCACAUAACAGUCCAACAGUUUUUCGAAUGCCAGCCACUGUACCUUCCAAGGAACAAUGGAUACCUGAUAGUAAAGUUUCCGUUUGUAUGUUAUGUAAAUUGGAAAAAUUCUCUAUGUUUAAUAGGAAACAUCAUUGUCGUCGUUGUGGUCGAGUUGUUUGUGGAACUUGCUCACAAAAAUUCCUUCUCAUUCCUGAGAUCUCAGUUCGUCAAGCAGUUCGUGUCUGCGAUGAUUGUCACACUCAAACUAAACUAGACUCGGCCUCACAAUCUCGAAAAGAGUCAAUAUCAUCUUCAACUUCUUCCAGUGGUGAACCUACAGUUGAAUGGAUCCUUUCCUCUGCUGAACAUGACAACGAAAGCAUUCGGGAUGAAUUUUAUUUUGAAUCAGCUCCUAGUAGUUCGCUAUGCUUAUCACUUCUCAAGCUUCAUUCAGAUAAAAAGCAGUGUGCCAAAGUGAUUAUCGAACAGUUAAGCCGUCCACUUUUUGAAAUACUUUCCUCCAACCGAGUAGAUUAUGGUCUCAUCAUUAAUCUCAUCAAAUCUCUACUUCUCUCAGCCAAAGUUCUCAUAAAUGAUGAAGAAUCAAAGUUAAUUAUUGAAAUUGAUUUUCUUUUAAGUCGCGUUGAUAUUGUCAAAAUGCUUGUUGAAGGUAAUUGUCCUCAUCGUGAUCUGAUUGCCCAUGUUAUUUCCAAAGAAGACGCUUCGCUUCGAUUACAGGAAAAGCUGGUUGAAAUGGAGAGAUUUGAUUUAGCUUAUCAUAUAGCAACUAAGUAUGGAACAAAUUUGAAACAAAUUUGGAAGACCUGGGCCAUGGUUUGUCUUAAACAUUGUCAAUUUGCUGAUGCAAGGAAAAAGUUCAAACCAUGUUUUGGAAGUAAAUCAACCAAUAACAAAAGUGACAUUAAUAGUAAAUUGCUGCAAGAAAUUUUUCAAGUGUUUGAAACUAUCAAAGAAAAAGUUAAUCAGCUUCCAUUGCGAGAUCGUUGUAAAGCCAUCAAGACAGGUCAAAUUGUCAAUUUAGGAAGACAAACUAAAGUUCCCAAUCCUGAUGAUGGUUGUUUACCCCAAGUACUUAUUGACGAAGGUCUAUUUUAUUUGAAAAAUUAUGGUUCCAAAGAAGAUGAAUUACGUUUCUAUGUGCAAUUUGGUUUACUCAAGAAUGCUGUCCAAUUGUUCUUGGCUGAACCCAAUAACGGCGCUUUUAAUAAUCUUUUUGUUACUAAACUAUUGUUACCUUGUACACAAACUGGGUCUUUUAAAAAGCUGCUCUCAACAUUCACUUCAGUUGAUCCAACAUUGGCUAAAUCAUGGAAAUACUGGAUCUAUGCGUGUAAAUAUUUGUCUAGUAAUAACUUCUAUCACAUACUCCAUGGUAUUCAAGUUUUUAUGGGUGAUUACAUUCGAGCUGCAAUGACUCAAAUAAACUUCUUUAUCUCUCCAAAAGUCACCGAUUACAGUCAACUCCAUAGUCGUUUGGAUCAUUUAGCUCAAGCUAAGCAACACUGUCAAGAUUUUCUAAGCAACCGUGGUCAAUUAAAUAAAGGCUGUCUCGCAUUUUCUAGUCAAGAAGUCACUAAACAAAUCAACGUAAUCAACCUUCAAAUUGACAUAACCAACAAGCUGUUUGCAAAAAAGAUAACUUUACCAAGUGCCUUAGUUGAUAUCGCAGACGAGAAAGAAACUGUUGAUCUUAAGGAGGCAAAGAAAUUUAGAUCAGCAAUCGAAAAGGAAACAAGCAAUAAUGGUUCAAGUCCACUUUUUGUGCCUACAUUACUCGACGACAAUAUAGCAUCAAAGAUACAAUUAACUGUUUUAGUUAUUCUUGAAUUAGGAUCAAAUAUCAGUGAAGGUCUUGAAAUGGCUCAGCAAAUUAUCCAGAAUUAUAGCUUAGACAUUACUCAUGUAUAUCGAUUGUGUGGCAAAGUUUUGGCGCAAAGUAAUAAGGUCAAUCUGGUUCAAUUGGUUAAUCAAUUAAUUGACUGUAUUCGUCUUUCUCACGACCCUUCGGAAAGUAUCAAUCUUUGUGAUGAUAUGCUUGCAACCACAAUUCGUUAUACUACAGAACCUCAACUCUCCGAUCAAUUGAUUAAAAUGAUGAACAAUGAUCUGAACAAAAUUGAUGCUUACAUUUUAACCGAGAAACUUAAAUCAGCUUACCUUUUAGCCGUUCGUCUUCAUAGGAUUGACGAUGUACGUCGUGUAUUGGAUGCAAGUGUCCGACUUAAACAAGAUAAUUUAACCAAGAUCUGUCAAUUAUGGCUGGAUAAAAAUUGCUAAACUAUCUGUCAUUCCAUCAAACAAAUAUUUUUAUAAUCAUUUUCACCAAAUCAAGUUGAUAAGGCUCAGAUCAUUUGCUACAACAUUAUUGAAAUUGUUAUGUUUUUUAAUCAAAGAAAAAAUUCCAAAUUAUCUUAUAUCACUAUGCCAAUAACAUAAUGAAAAUUAAAACAUUAGAACCUAAAUAAAUUUAUACUUUCUAUUGUU